AUGAAGGUGUUUUCGCCUCAAAGUGUGGGGCGCCUCCUGCUACCCGCCCUACCUCUGGUGAUCACAUCCGUGACCGCUGCCGACCCCGAUACGAACUCGAGUUCGGGCUCUACCAUCAUCUACAUCGUCGUUGCAGUGAUCAUCAUUCUGUUUGGCAUCGUCGCCUUCUUCGUGUGGAAACGCAAACAGAAUCGUAGUAAGCGCAGAGAUGACCGUGGCUACGGUCUUCCCUCAGUCACUGCGCGAUCCGGAGUCAGCCGUCUCACCUCGCACGGUAACACAGCUAUCGAACGACGCAUGGACUCCACGGGUUACAGCAGUAACUCUAAGGGGGGCAAUUCCAAGAGUAAGAAGGUGUCAAAGCCUUACCAGUCACCGCAGCAGAGAGUAGAGCGUCCUCCCCAGUGGCCUGCCAAUGGAGCCCCGACCUACACUCGUCAACAGCAGCAACAGUCUCAGUACCAGCAUCAACCACACUACGAAUCGCAGUACCAGGAGAGUCAAUAUCAACCGCAGCAAUCGUUCCCGCCCCCGCCCCCACCUGAAGUCCCCAUGCUUGAGCCACACGAGGAUCAGGGUCCCGGUCUUUCGAUGAUGGAGCUGCAGCAGAGCCAAGUGUCGUCUAUGCAGUCCAGUGUGGAGGGAGUGCACAGGAGACAAACAGACCCAGCUGUUAUCGCACGCACGCAGGAAGCAGCCGAGAAGGUGAUGGCGGAGCUGGAAGAAGAUUCCGAGUUCGAGGAGAGCUGGAUCCCGUACGAUUCACUGUACUUCACGCGUGCCAUCUCCAAAGGAGCCUUCGGAGAGGUGUGGCUGGCCCAGCUGGAGAACACGCAGGUGGCAGUCAAGAAAAUCCUGGAUGAGAAGAAACACGAUACCAAGGAGAUCGAGUGUUUCGGCGCCGAAAUCAAGCUCAUGGCACUGCUGAAACACCCAAAGAUUGUGGGUUUUAUCGGUGUGUCGUGGAGCGACAAGCAAGACUUGUGUGCAGUGACGGAGUUUAUGGCCAAGGGCGACCUCUACGGCUACCUCGAACGUCGUAAGAACAAACUCAACUGGCCGGACCAUAAGAUGUGGCUGGCUGAGGAUAUCGCCGAAGCGCUAGUGUACCUGCACUCACUGAAUCCGAAGGUUAUUCACCGCGAUCUCAAGUCCAAGAACAUUCUGCUGGACAACAAGUACCGAGCCAAGUUGAGUGACUUCGGUAUCAGUCGAAAGCGCUCCGUUGAGGAGACGAUGACCGCAGGUGUCGGUACCAUCUACUGGACGGCGCCUGAGGUCCUCAUGGGCAAGAAAUACACCGAGAAAGCCGACAUUUACUCGUUCGGUAUCGUUAUGUCGGAGAUGGAUACAUGCGAGGUGCCGUUCUCGGACAAACGCGACAGCUCUGGCAAGAAACUGCAGAGCAUGAAGAUCAUUCAGAUGGUCAUUCGCUCGGCGCUUCGACCGUCGUUCCGAGAGGAUUGCCCCGAGCAGAUCAAGGCGCUCGCCGACCGCUGUCUGGACGCCGACCCGGACGCACGACCGGAUGCACCCGAGCUGCUCGACAUUCUGCGCGACAUCCAAGAUGAUUUGCAGUAG